UAACGUGUUACAACUGUCUAUACCGCAAGAUACCAAGAUGGACUUCAGAGUUGUGGUAUUUUUGGUCUGUGUCUGGAUGGCUAGCAUUCCGACAAAUGUGAAAGGUAUGAGCACGGGAAAUCUGAAUGAGUUCACCUAUUACACUUUUUCCUGUAGCCACGAAUUUUUCAUGAAGUUGAAUUUUGCCACCUGGUACGACUGUUCAGUGUAUAACGUAACAUCCUCGUUAGCGGAAUAUCUGGAUGGUGUUAUCUUCCGACAACUGUACCUAUAUGAUGGUAUCUUUGGGCUAAACGACACUGGCUGUAAUGGAUACCUCAUUGCUGACUGGGAUUGUGGACAAAACGGCGGGUGGAGUACGUGGUCAAGCUGGGCUGACUGUCCGGUAAUUUGUGGCAAUGCAUCGGUAUCCAGAUCACGGUCGUGUAACAACCCGUCGUGGGUGAGCCCUGGAUCUGACUGCCCUGGGUCUGCUACCGAGACGCAAUCCUGUAAUACAACAAUUUGUGAAGGUAUGUACCUUAAUUAUGGACUACCCCGUCGAUUUGAUUCGCAUGUUUAAAGAUAGAUAGAUAUUAAAAAAUACGCUGUGACAACGGAGCUAUCGGGCAUAUCGUAUUCUCCCUUCAUUUACGUUUUUCUCACGUCAGUCAUUUACAGUUUUACCUGUUCGAGCUUUCUCGGUCACCCCUUUCCACUCCCAAUCGAAACAAAUUGCGCAUUCUUAUCUCAACUGAAUGCCGCCAUAGCGACGGUAAAAUGACGUUGUAUCGACGAUUUAAUCACGUCAUGGCAGCAUUUUGUUGUAUUGCAUUUUUGUUAGAUAUUUGAACUGGGCCAUACGUAUAUAAAAAUAGGAUGAUAGUAAGAGACAGACAAAGAAAUCCCCAACUUGGAUAAAAUUCUUUAUAGUCUAACCCUCAGCUGGAUAUA